AUGGACUUUGUUUCUGGACUUCCACGCACUCAAAGGAAUCAUGAUGCAAUAACUAAGAGUGCUCAUUUCUGGGCAAUCAUAAUGGACUACUCACCGGAACGAUUGGCAGAAUUAUACAUUAAUGAGAUUGUGAGGCUGCAUGGAAUCCCUGUUUCUAUUGUGUCGGACAGAAAUCCAAGAACGCCUCUUUAUUGGAACGAGGUUGGUGAAAGAAAAUUGAUGGGUUCUGAGAUUGUGCGACAAACUGAAGAUAAGGUAAAUAUCAUCAAGGAUCGCUUAAAAAUUGCUUCAUAUAGACAGAAGUCUUAUGCUGAACUUGAGAGGCGUGAUAUUGAGUAUCAAGCGGGUGAUAAAGUAUUCUUAAAGGUUUCUCCAUGGAAGAAGUAUAUGAUAUUUGGCCAGAAAGGUAAACUUAGUCCUCGAUUUAUUGGACCUUAUGAAGUGCUUGAGAGAGUUGGCGCAGUUGCUUAUAAACUAGCUCUUCCACCUGAGUUAGACAAGAUUCAUAACGUUUUCCAUGUUUCUAUGCUUAGAAGAUACCGCUCAGAUCCAUGUCAUGUUCUUCCUAUUGAAUCUGUUGAGGUCAAUCCUGAUUUGACCUAUGAAGAAGAACCUAUCCAAAUCUUAGCGCGUGAGUUAAAAGAGAUUAGAAACAAGAGCAUCCCUUAG